AUGUAUGUUUGUAUUCCUUAUGCCGCUCCACGAAUGAUUAUGUUAAGCGCAUAUCUAGGUUUUCUCUCCGCCGCCUCGCUCUUCGCGCUGCACCCUAGCACCUUCACUGUUUCAAGCAGUCGUCCAAAGAACCUCUCUGAACUCCGUUCAUUCGAGUCGCUCUUGCAAAUUCGCUACAACUCAACAGAUGCCCCAAUCGACACUCCAACCCAGUUCACUAACCCCGAACACAAGAGCGCUGAUGGUGCUGAUUUGACCCCAGCCAAGACUGUCUACAUUGGAAACGUCCAGUUCGAUGCCACUCCCGAGACUCUUGGUGAAGAGUUCAAGAGAUUUGGAGAAGUCAGAGGAGCAAAGAUUAUCUAUGAUUCAAGAGGUCUGAGCAAAGGAUUUGGAUAUAUUGAGUUCGCCGAAGUUGAGCAGGCUGCUGAAGCUAUUGACAAGAUGCACAACGAGAUGUUUAUGGGUCGUCGCUUGAUCGUUCAAUACGUUGUCAAGCAAGCGUCGCGUAUUGCUGCUAGCCCAGAGUCCAGGACUUUGUUCAUCGGAAACUUGAGCUUCGAUGUGACUGAUGAUGAUCUCAACAAUCUUUUCAAGGACAUUGAGAACUGCGUUGAUGUGCGUGUCGCUAUGGACCGUGCCACUGGUGAGCCUCGUGGGUUUGCCCAUGCCGACUUCCUUGAUGUCGAGUCUGCUGUCAAGGCUAAGGAGAAGCUUGCCGAUGCUGAGGUGUACGGACGACGCCUUCGUAUCGAUUUCUCUGGCAACAGGCGAGAGGGGGGUAACAACCGUGGUCGUCGUGAUGACCGUCAAGGAGGUCGCUCCGGAUAUCAAUCACGUGAUCGCCAACAGGGACAAUUUUCCAACCACCGAACCUUCACUCCUAGAUCAGAGGUCCCUGAAUAA